GUCGGGCCGCUUAUGAUCGCGCCGUGAAGCUGCAACGCGGAACUGUACAACCACAUGGACGGCUCAAACGGCCGACGGACGUCAUCUGUGAGAAUUUACGCAUGGCCGGGCGUAGUUAAAAGACGGGGUAGUGUCACCUCUUGAGCUUAUUCUUGGGCUCACCAUCAGACACUUCAGAGCUAGACAGACACUUCAAAGCUAGCCAGCCGCUUUCAUUCAAGAUGCCUGUCACUCAAUUCGAUUUCAAGGAAAAGUAUCGGUAUCAAAAUGGCUUCAACUGUUAUCUAGAGUCUGAGGCCGUUGAGGGCGCGUUGCCCGUGGGACACAACUCACCCCAGAAGCCGCCUUACGGUCUAUACGCUGAGAAGCUUUCGGGGACGGCCUUCACAGCUCCAAGACACGAGAACAAGCAGACUUGGUUGUAUCGCGUCUUGCCUUCUUGCGCUCAUCCUCCCUACCAACCCGACGCUGAGCCCGGACAUCCAGGUGCGAAUGAGACCAUUAGAGGGACCAAGGAGGGCACACUACACUACAUCCCCAACCAACUCCGCUGGGACCCAUUCGACCACGAUGAAGCGAAGCAUCUGGACUUUAUCUCCGGCCUGAGAUUGGUGGCCGGCGCUGGUGAUCCCACCUUGAAGCAGGGCCUCGGCAUGUACGUGUACGCUGCUGGCAAGAGCAUGGAUGAAACAGCGGCCUUUUAUUCCGCUGAUGGAGACUUAUUGAUCGUAGCCCAAGAAGGCACUUUGGAUAUCCGGACCGAGUUCGGAUGGCUGCUCGUGCGGCCCAUGGAGAUUUGUGUUAUCCCCCGGGGCGUCAAGUUCCAGGUCCUUCUCCCAACGGGUCCAGUCCGGGGAUAUGCUCUCGAGCUGUAUGAGGGUCACUUCAACCUUCCUGAACUCGGACCCAUUGGAUCCAAUGGCCUCGCCAAUGCUCGCGACUUUCAAUCUCCGGUCGCUUGCUUCAGUGAAGCCUUUGGCACGACUGCCUCGGACGGACCUGGCUCCUAUACCGUCACCGUCAAGUUCAACAACACGCUGUUCAAGACGGUCCAACCACACACUCCGUUCGAUGUCGUCGCUUGGCACGGCAACUACUACCCUUUCAAGUACGACCUUGGCCGCUUCAACACCAUCGGCACCAUCUCAUUCGACCAUCCCGACCCGUCCAUCUUCACCGUGCUAUCCGCUCCAUCCCCUACCCCCGGCACAGCCAUCGCUGACUUUGUCAUUUUCCCUCCGCGCUGGCUCGUAGGUGAAGACACUUUCCGCCCGCCGUGGUACCACCGCAACACCAUGAGCGAGUUCAUGGGGCUCAUCCAGGGAGGCUACGACGCGAAGCGCGGCGGCGCCGGAGGCUUUGUCCCUGGUGGCGCGAGCCUGCACAACGUCAUGAGCGGCCACGGCCCGGACGCGGAGAGCUGCGAGGGGGCGCGCGAUGCGGAACUGAAGCCAGCGAAGGUUGGGGCCGGUAGCUGUGCGUUCAUGUUUGAGAGCUGCCUGAUGGUGGGUGUGACGGAGUGGGGAUUGCGGACUUGUCAGAAGGUGCAGGAGGGUUACAAUGAGGAGAGCUGGGGAGGCGUUAAGACGCAUUGGAAGCUACCAGAAGGAUUGAAGGUGAAGACACACUUGGUUGAGUGAACAGAACCAAAGAUAGUGAUAGGUUGUGAGAUGAUACUAUAGAGCUCCAAACAUCUUCACUCCGAGGCUGUUUAGAAGAUCCAAGCACUUUAUAAAAAUGAAUGUUUCUUUC